UAUUCCUCCCAUAAUGCACUCCUCCUGUCACAACAACACAUCGCCAUUUCAGGGACAGGGGAGACAAAGCCUGUCAAUACAUUCAGCGGGUCAUAUUUUCAUAAGACUCUUCAGUGUCUGACUUGGUUGUUAUUUUUGACUGAUACGAUAUCUUUGUUUGGUGUGAAUUAGUUUUUCAAGCGCGGGGCCGGGGUUGAACAUACAAGUACGGGAUCCGAUUUUCUUUCUACUGCAAACAGCUAGCAAGUCGGCUAGUUCAGUGUCAACACAACAAGCAGGAUGAAGAGGGUGAAAGGAGACGAGGAGGAAAGCAACAGCACAUCUCAUGAAAGCCCACCGGAGGUUUGCAAAAAGGUCCGGAAGCAGCUGAGUGAGGAACCAGAUGAGGAGGACGUGCAGUGUGACCUCGGUUGUGACUGGACACGGCUACCUCAAGAAAUCGUGCUCCACAUCUUCCAGUACCUCCCGCUGCUGGACAGAGCCUUCGCCUCACAGGUGUGCCGCGGAUGGAACGAGGCCUUCCACAUGCCGGAGCUGUGGAGGUACUUUGAGUUUGAGCUCAACCAGCCUACGAGCUCCUAUCUGAAGGCCACUCACCCGGACCUCAUCAAGCAGACCAUCACACGGCAUUCCAACCAUUUACAGUACGUCAGCUUCAAGGUUGACAGUAGCACAGAGUCGGCCGAGGCAGCGUGUGCCAUUCUUUCUCAGCUGGUGAAUUGUUCUCUGAAAACCCUGGGGCUGAUAUCCACAGCAAGGCCUAGUUUCAUGGAACUGCCCAAGUCCCACUUCAUCUCAGCGCUGACCGUGGUGUUUGUCAACUCCAAGUCGCUGUCCUCUCUGAAGAUCGACGACACACCGGUGGACGACCCGUCUCUGAAGGUGCUGGUGGCCAACAACAGCGACACCCUGAAGCUGUUGAAGAUGAGCAGCUGCCCCCACGUCUCGCCAGCAGGCAUCCUGUGCGUGGCAGACCAGUGCCACGGGUUGCGGGAGCUGGCGCUGAACUACCACCUCCUGAGCGACGAGCUGCUGCUGGCCCUCUCCUCGGAGAAGCACGUGCACCUGGAGCACCUGCGCAUCGACGUGGUCAGCGACACCCCUGGCCAGCACUUCCACGCCAUCAAGAAGAGCAGCUGGGAGGCCAUGGUGCGCCACUCGCCCAAGUUCAACCUGGUCAUGUACUUCUUCCUGUACGAGGACGAGUUCGGCCCCUUCUUCGGCGAGGAGACGCCCGUCACGCACCUGUACUUCGGCCGCUCGGUCAGCAAGGACGUGCUGGGCCGCGUGGGCCUGCACUGCCCCCGCCUGGUGGAGCUGGUGGUGUGCGCCAACGGCCUGCGGCCCCUGGACGAGGAGCUGAUCCGCAUCGCCCGGCACUGCACGCAGCUGUCGGCCCUCGGCCUGGGCGAGUGCGAGGUGACGUGCAGCGCCUUCGUGGAGUUUGUCAAGAUGUGCGGCCGCCGCCUGUCCCAGCUGUCCAUCAUGGAGGAGGUGCUGAUACCCGAUCAGAAGUACACCCUGGACGACAUCCACUGGGAGGUGUCCAAGCACCUGGGCAGGGUCUGGUUCCCGGACAUGAUGCCCACCUGGUAAAGGCCAGGCCACAGACUUUGGAACGGGGUGUGAUCAGAGGGACUUGGAGGGGCGUUGGCUUGAUGGGUCCCGUGUAGCACAGAGUGUAGCACAGAGCCCGUCCGAGGUUCUGUAGCGGACUCCCCUGACCAUCUUUUCCCUUGUAGAGGGAUGGCUGUGGGCUAGGAUGUGAACUGAAAAGAGACAGACACAUUAUACGCCAACCAGAGGAAUACUGUCUAGAGCUCGAGCUGCACACCAGAAGGUCCAGAAGGGGGUCCUCCUUCAUGGGAGGAAUUCAGGCCCCGAUACUUUACUUUGGACAUUCAUCUCACACUUCAACAGGCAGAUAAUUGUACCUAAACAGAUGUUUUUUAUGACUGUGCACAUUUGAGCUACAAUGAAUUUGUAGCGUACUACUUAUAAUCCGUAUUGACACGGUAAUUUGGAUGUCAGUGGCUGUAUAUAUUUAAGAGAUUAUUUUGAUUGUUUUUCACUACUAUUCCAACACCACCAUAGGCUUAUCUGGCCGGUCAAAGGUAAUGGAAGUCAUAUGGAUUCUUACAGGUCAAUUGUUCUUCAAGCCAUUCGAUUUUCAAAAAUAGAAUGCUUACAUUAUCUUAUUUACCACUAAUAGAACAAAAAACAAUAUACAUUUUAGCAUUGCAACAUGGUAUUUAAAAAGAUAAACUGGUCAGUGUUUACUGAUCUGAUAACCAUCAAAACACUUCCCAGAAUGUCAAUAAUAUGAAUUAUUAUUAUCAACAUAUCAAUACACAUUUCGUGGCUCCCCUGGGGUGUCCAACAAUUUAAUUUUCAGUUAUAUAAAUAUGAUAAGCACUUUUAAGAUGACUUUAUCAAUAUCUAACAAAGUAUUACAUUCAGGAAUAUAAGCUUAUGAUCAGCAAAAUUGCACUUCAAAGUUGGCUCAAAUGUAAUUCAAUUAAGUAUGGCGGAACAGUAUAUACGGGGGAAGCUAAAGCAUGCUUACUGAAUCAAAAUAUAUCUGUUAUGACCAUUGAUGUCCUCCAGAUAUCCUACAAAUAUUUCAUGCGUUUGCAGUAUCCUGAAGUGUCUUUGGGGAAGGGCUGUGAGAUGAUAAGAGAGGCUGUAUCCAGGCCUCUGUGUAAAAUGAAGGUGUACACCGUGUAGAAGGCUCUCCUGUUUCAAUGGAUGUUCUCCUCUGCAUUUCUAGUUCUACUAAGCACCUUACACUAAAACCAAAUAUUGUAAAACGAUAGCUUUAAAGCAAAACAUGGGUUUGAGGAGGGGCAAUAUUUCCAGAAUUAACAGAAUUUAUAAAAUAUAAAUUAAGAGUUUGGAGGCAGCUUAAAAAUAGCCUCCACAUCAAUAGUGUACACUGGGAGUGCACUGUUAAUCUAUCCGUCUCUUAGGUCUGUGGAGGCAUAUAUGUACAUAUUUAUAAUAUAUAUAUACUGUAUAUGCUAUUUGCCUAAGUUCAACUAUUGCCUAUUGAACUUAGCCCUCUCUGCUCUCUCUCUGGAUAACUGCCCUCAUACCUGCCAAGAUGUAGGCAUCUCUGCAUAGGUUUGGGAUGGAAGAGACAGCCUUUUUCUGAGUCACUCAGCACAUCAACAUCAUGGACAGGAGGUUGAUGUGCUGAGCGACAUCAUGCUGUGGUUCCUGUCAAAGGCAUCCAUUGGUUUCAGGAAGAAGGAAAGAGGUUUGGCAAGUGAGGUGAGUCGAACGAUUGUAUUUUUUCCUCUUAAGGAAGUGAGAAGAGUAUAUAAAAUACUAUGUGUUUAAAUAGAAAAUGUGUUUCUUUAUGUCAGGAUUUCCAAUUUCCAUCACCAACUGGCUUUUGUAGUUUCUAUAGAAGUAUCCUUUUGCUAGAUGGAUUUUAAUCUUCCUGUUGUUCUUGUUACUAGAGCUAAUUAGGCAGGUCAUUUAUUGAUGAAUGGAUACUGCUUUCGUCAUUUUAACUGGUGGUCUUUCAGUUAUGUGUACAGCAAACAAUCAAUAUGAAGAGCUUUUUAAUGCUUCACCUCUUUCAGUAGGUUUAAAGCUGUAGAUUAUCUAUUUUAUUUUUUGAUAAUGUUGAAUGGUUUGUUUUUUUAAAACUUUGAUUGUAAUCCAAUGCAGCUGUGUUCUGUGUUCCCCCCAUUUAGAACAAUUAGACCUAAAUAUUCUUGGAUCACGUUGAAUAACUGUUAAAAUGGACCCAACUCAAACGUGAGGAUCCAUUCUUCACUUUUGGAUAUGUAGGCAGCAAUAGUUUAAACAAAUGUAUUUUGCUUAAUCAAGCAUGUAUUUUUUCUAAAGAAUAAGGCUUUAAUUGGGUUAGCAUAGCAACAGAGAUGCCCCCUCUCAUAAUUUAGCCACUCCUGAGCCCAAUUAAAUCAAAGUAAAUUAAAUCAAAGUUAACUGGUAUUGACCAAGCAGCUAUUUUUACUUUUGUUCUGUAUGGGAAAUGUUUUGUCAAGUUUUCUUUACCGGUUGCUUUAUUGAUUAAAUCAAUUGUUAUGGACAUGUUAUCAUGGAAUAAAGAAUUGUGAAUGUA